ACCCCGCCUUUGUGGAAGCAAGGACCGCGAGAAAGGUCUCGAUCCUAUUUGCAGUCGAUUGGGCCCCGAGCCUGGUCGUGAGGGAGAGAGUUUAGAGUGGGCAGCAUCUUUGACGGCCAAGCGCUGGAGUACCGAUGACAUUGCCCGCUGUUGGAGCUGGAGUUGUAGUCGCUGCCUCAGAAAUCGCUGGAAGAGAGGAGAAGAUACGAGAUUGAUAGAUGGCCUGCUAGAACCCAGGAAUUCGGGAUUAGAUGGGCUCACAUGAAAUGCUGUAAUCAUACUUUCGUUCAAGCAUUGGAGAAAGGCUCGAUAUCGAGGCAUGGAGGAGCAGCCAGAAUCCGGAUGCGAGAAGAGGACUGAGUUUAGCUCGAGAGAAUGAUGAGAAGUCGAUAAUUCUGUGCGACACAUUGGCGAAGAGUGAAUUUUCGAUCGUCCUGAUUACGCUCUAGAAAUCCGUGACUCGAAUUCCACGGUCGAACGAACUCCCAUCCAUCCGCAGGCGGAAAUGGAGUCCAAAGCAGGAGAUCAUACAGCGAGCCCGACGCUGACGAAUCACAUUCUGGAGUCUCUAUUCUUCUCGAUGUCGGUGUACGAGCCGACGCAGGAGGCGCUGCUCAAAGAUCUGGAGGCCAGAUUCGGCAGAGUGCAGCCUCUGAUGAGCUACGGGUUCGAGGCGAAGCGGGACAAGGGCCAGCAGGUGAUCUUCGUGGCGAGGAGCCACAGCGGGAGGGUGAUCGUAGCCUGCCGAGGCACCUGCGGUUUCAAGGACGUGCUGCAAGAUCUCAAGUACAUCAAGAGCCGGCUGUCGUUCGCCAAAGGCGCAGCGCACUGGGGCUUCGCGGAGAGAGCCGAGAGCGUGCCCAUCGAUUUCUUCCGCAAGCUGCUCGACGCCGGCGAGGAGAUCAUCUUCACGGGGCACUCGCUGGGCGGGGCCGUGGCGUCGCUGCUCACGCUCAGGGUACUGGAAUCGAGCAACGAGCGCUCGGUCGACGAGCAGGUGCGAUGCAUCACCUUCGGAUCGCCGCUCUUCGCCAGCAGCCGGCUGGCGGAGAUGAUCAACGACAAGUACAAGGACAUCUUCAUCCACAUCGUCUCGAGGCGCGACUGCGUGCCCAAGAUUCUGCCCUUCGUGUCGGCGCUGCAGAAGCUCGUGUACUCGGACGAGGACCACCUCGAGGGCCUGGUGGUGCUCAAGAGCGCGCUGGCGCUCGUGCCGUGGCUGCCCAUCGCGCCCUUCGUGACGGCGCUCGAGGCGCGCAUCCCCGCGGCUUUCAAAUUCGCGCUCCGCUGCCUGAUGAAGCUGGCGCUGCCCUCGGGGCUGGCGGGCUCGUACGCCUUCGCGGGCCAUAUCGUCAUGCUCGACACCGUCGCGGCCGUCAACGUCGCCAACUCGCUCAUCCUCGCCAGCGCCGAGGACCUCAAUGCCUGGCACUCGCAGCUCAAUUUCGCCUUCGGCUCCGGCUUCGAUGUGACCAUGAUCGAGGAGCACAUGCUCGACUGCUACCACGACGGCAUCGUCCGCGCUUUCUCGCAGGUGCGCGUCACCCGCGAGCUCGCCGGCGCUGCUGCCGCGCUCGGGGCGCCUCCCUCGCCCGCUUGGAGCGAGCCUGCCCCCGCCCCCUCGAGGCCUUCGGAGGGAGCGAAGGAUGGAGUGAUUGUGGUGCGCAUGAUGCCCCACGAUGGGGACUCGGGAGGGUGCGAGGUGCAGGUGAAGUCGAUGCUCUUGCCAUCGUCACAGGUCGGGAAUUUGGCGGCGGAUGGAGGAGCUGUGGGCAGCGAGAAGUGGGUGGUGAGAAGUGAAGAGAUGGCGGGCAAGAACCUGGCGGCGCCAUUGAAUAGGGCCAAGUCGUUGGCUUCGUUCGGCAGGCAGGGAAUUGGAGGCGAUGGCAAAUUUAUUUGCGCGCAUAAUCACAGUCGGAAGCUCGAGAGGUCCUUGACGAUGAUGGCCAGGAGCACGAGCUGCUCCUCGUCGUCUUCGUCUUUGGUAUUGCCUGUUAAGACGUCCACGUCGGAGAGACGGCAGGAUGGAGUGAUUUCCACGAGGAAUGACGGUUCUUCCAAACACCGAUGCAGAGCUUGCCAGUGCCUGCACAUGUACAUGAAUGUCAAAGGCUCGUGCAGGCAGGUGACGAAGAAUUUUUUCAAUUUUGGCUGGAUUUUAGGUACUGUGGGAAGAGUUGCUCGCCACUUGAAGAUAUUAGACAAUCUCUGUGCUCUCACAUUUAUCCGGUUCGUCGUGGGAAACAUUCUGGGUUGAUGAAAUUAUUUACGUCCAGCGUUCCCAUAAACAGAAUUGAAUUGUAGAAAUAUUGUAGGACAGAAACAAGACAGUCAGGAGAGUUCGCAUACAGUUUUCCACACAUUGUAGGUGGUUGAACGAUACGACACAGUUCCGGAUCGAUCCUCAAGAACCGGGUUUUUCGAUUCUUCAUAGCGUCCACGAUGUAUACCAAAGCAGACGAUUAGUAUGAAAUUUCCGAGAGGUGAGAACGAGGCCCUUUCCCAACGACAGAUAGACACAGUUGCUUUACAGGCGAUCUGGAACAUUCAAUUCAGGGUUUCUUACAGGAAAAUGUACGUGUCUCCGAUCGGCUGGUUUAGAAUUUCAAGACCUGAAUGCGGUUCAUGUGAAGGUGAACAUUAAUCUGCCAGUGGCAGGUGUUGACUCGAUGAACAUUCCCCUUGCUAGCCAAUGCAACUUUGCUGGCAGCUUUAUGUAUUAUCAACCAUUUUAAUACCAAACGCAUCUAUUGUAA